AGAGGAAGAGAGCAGACGUACACCCACGAGAGGUUGCACCAGAGUCUUAUGACUCUGCGAGGCCGAGUACGGCGGAGACGCAGGACAGGCCGCACCCGGGAUUGGUGCCUGAACUGCAGGACGUCGCGAUAUCCGAGUCCGAACCGUUCGCGGGGCUCAUGGAUGUGGCGAUGCCAGUCGCAUACAGCGAGACUGUCGAAGGACCUUCGUGCCCAUUGAUGACUAUUGGUACGCACUGCGGAUGAUGUCCGGCAUCUUCCGCCUCGAGAAGGCGCAGUACGUUCUGCAGGAGUGGGAUCAUAAGCUUGAGUCGUUGAAGAUUGGGGCUUACUGCCACAUCGUCUGCCUGCCACAAGGUCCAGGGAGCAUAGGCUUGACGUGCACAUGCACGCAAUCGAAGGCGACGAAUGACUGUCUGCAUCGACACGUCGUUCGAGCCCAUAUCCGCGAGCUGGGGUCCUUACCAAUCAUCGCGCCAUACCCUAUUCCCCCUGCCGUUCUCCUGUGUCACACUGCAUUCCGCGACAUGUACAUAUUCUCCUGUAUGUCCUCUACCGGUCGUUACGAGUCCGGGAAACGGGUCAUCGUGUCCUUACAACGUGACGGUCGAUGGUGGUGCCACGCGUGUGGCUAUGUGGACACAUGCAAGCACAAGCCACAUGCAGUGAAGUUUGCGAUCGAUGCAGGCUAUGUAUCAGAAGACAACACAAUGCUUGUGGAUCCAUACGGGAAUCAGAGCGACAUCGAAGGUGAACUACUGCUGGCAGCGGGUAGCCGUAACGCUCGCAAACAUAUGGCAGUGUCCUACAUGCCAGUCGCACCGCCGCGGUGGGCUGCACUCCCGCAUGAGGCCCCAUACGUCCCAGUGUGCCCAGUUGCGAAUCAUGAAUGCUACUUUCUGGACGACGCUGCGCGAUGUUGUUGUGGCUUCUUGCUCACAGACUGGACACCGUUCGUUCCGAAGACUGGUGUCGUGCAGGACGCUGUACUCUUUGGGCUGAUGUCACGUCGAGCCAUCAAGAUUGAAGUUCUUCGAUGCCCUGUAUGCGCCCACUCUCGCCGCUCGAUCGGCCCAGAUCUUGGUUGGAUCGGAAUCUUCAACUGGGACAACCGUUACCUCUUCACGCACGAGUUGUUGAAUGCAUACACCAAUGCAUUCACUGCGUCAGAGACACCCUUCUCCGCGUUUUGUGUCACAGGCAUCAGGAAAGUGGCACCUUGCCUCAACGGCCUCAAACGGCCUCACCUGUCUAAUUCGUACCUAAUUUGUCUCAUUGCCUCACAGAUCUCUGACUUGGCUGGCUGUGAUUUUGCAUACUUACUGAUUGAC